AUGAAGAGCAAAAAGCGACAUAGCGUCGAAGAAGCUCUGAGAUCAGUCACGAGGGGGGAGUUGAAGCAUGUCAAGAUCAAGGAGCUACAGGAGAAGCUGGCACAGGUGCAGGUUGAGGUACAAUUGCAGGUGACCAUGAUUAUGAGAUCCGAGAACCUUGAGCGUCUCGAAUCGCUGAUCACCUCCAACAAAUCAAACGCAACCCAGCUUUCAUCGCUACGUGAAAAUAUCCAGAUACUCAGGUCUGGCGUUCGUGCUGCGGACUUGAACCCGGAGAUCUCGACACAACUGCUCCACCUUUUUCAGCUGUCCUCAAGCGAGACUGACCGCAGUUGCCGUGAUUAUAUUUUGAAAGGAAUCAGCUUCCCAACGAUGAGGAAACGAUACAAUGAAGUUGUCAAGGCCCACCAAACAACUUUUACUUGGAUAGUAGAAGAUGACAGGCCAAGUGACCCGCUUACUAGGACACCCAUUGCCGAUGCGAACACUCAUUGCAAGCCAAAUGACCUGUCCAUCAAACAGAAUGGGCAGGCUGACUUCCACGUCUCAAUCCGCAAGGCUUUCCAGGGAUGGCUUUCCGAUGGGAAGGGGAUCUUCCAGAUCAUCGCCAAACCCGGCGCCAGCAAAAGCACGAUGAUGAAGUUAAUCUGUAAUAGUCCUGAGACAGAGAGGUUUCUUCGAAAAUGGUCUGGUAGGAAGACACUCAUCAAAGCAAAACAUUUCUUCUGGAAACAGGGAGAUAGAAUUCAGAGUUCGAUGGACGGGAUGCUUCGCGCUCUACUGUACGAUACCUUAAGCCAGGCCCCUGAGCUCAUUGCACAUGUACUUUCUGAGCAAUGGAAAACCAGCCGAUCCACCCCAUGGCAUUCCCACGCCGUCCCCGAGAUUUCAGAUGCAGACGUAGGAAACGCUUUUAGAAGGCUUUUUUCAGGCACGAACCUGGAUUUCUUUGACAAGUAUUCGAUUUGCAUUUUCCUGGACGGCCUAGACGAAUUUGAGAGCAGCGACCCUGUCGAAUUAAUUACUUGCUUACGGCAUCUGGCAACGCUCCACGAAUCUAUCAAGCUCUGUGUCUCGAGUAGAGCCAUGAGCACUUUGGCAUUACUUGAAGACGAUCUGCCUUGGGAGAAGCUGUAUCUUCAUAAAGUCACGGAGAGCGAUAUUCGAAAGGUCACACGCGAUCGAUUGCUUGGACAUGGAGCAUUCCAGCGGAUGAUGCUAGAGCAGAAAGUUCGUUGCGAGUCUCUUAUUAGACGAGUUGUUCACAAGGCAGAAGGGGUUUUCCUGUGGGUGACAUUGAUCCUCAACAUUCUUUGUGAAGGACUUAUCGAUGAUGACACACUAUCAGACUUGUGGGAGAAGAUAGAAUUCUAUCCAGACGAUCUUGACAAAUUUCUUCAACGGAUAGUCAGCUCGAUUUCGCCAGAAAAUCGGAAGUCAGCAUACCACACCUUCGCCAUUGCCCUUCAGGCUCGUCGCGGCUUAUUACUUCUGAAUUACUCGUUUAUGGAAAGUUAUACUUCGAACAGGAAAUUUGCCAUGGAAAUUAAGAAUGACAGUGUGCUAUCUUCAAAGGAAGAAGAUACACGUCUAGCUCGAACACAAAGACGUCUAGUAUCUCACUGUAAAGCUCUUUUGCAGGUCAAUAACGAUCAUGGCGUGUUCAAUGCUCCCACUGUUAGUUUUAUUCAUCGAUCAGCGCGAGAGGCUUUUGAACAAGAUCAAAUUAAGGCGGAUAUGGCCGGGUAUCUCAAAGAUUUUGAUGUGUUGGACGCAAUAUUACAGACAUCUCUUGCGGUGAUCAAGCUCGGCUAUAUGUGGGGCACUAGGGAUGCCACGGCUCAGGGAAAGGCUCGGGACUGGACUGGCAUGUUUACUGACUACUUGGAACGAGUCGCCGCCCCAACGAUUGAAGUCGUCGGACCACGAUGCACCACUACCAUAUGCGAAUCGCUCGACAACAUUGCGUCAGCUGUGCUCCACAGACAAGGAAUCGUUGGUAAAUCAUUCGAAGACGUCGAAUGGGCAAAAUUCAACGUAGACCUGUCGAUCCACCCGAAUCGCCCGAGGAUACCAGGCCGAGGUGUUGUGACCUCUCUAGUCCACCAGGCGAUGGCAUUCGAUAUUCCCUUCUACUGCGAAUGGACAGCGAAAAAGUUCACAAAUUUAGAACAACAUCGUGAAGCAGCAGUUGAAUUACUGUGUCCUUACAUCACUGAGCGGCUGAAUUAUCGCGUGCGUAUUCCAAAUGUAGAAAAACCUCAUUGGAUUGAAAGUUUGUUUCUCAUGGGAAUUUCCGCAAAUUGUCCUCAAUAUUCGCUGGCGAAGAUUUUUGGAAAGCCAGUUUGGUAUAUGAUGCUUCGUAAUUCAGUUUUGAGACAGGGUUUCCAUUUACAACGGAACGAUUACUUUUGGCACAUCUUCGAGAUUUUCGUCAGACAUGGCGCGGACUGUUCACUCACUAUGAAUAUGAAGCCAUUAGUCAAAGACAACAGAAAGGCAAUCAGGGUGGUAUGGGCCGGCGAAUGUGUGGAUGUUCACGACAAAGAAUGGGCAUGGAGGCCCCUCCAUGAUUCAAAAAUAAGUGUGGUGAGAUUGCAAGAUAUAAUUGACCGCUGGAAGCCAGAUAGCGAGAACAUACUGAAGGAACUUAUCUUUCGAAACCAAGCACGUGAACGAGAAUCACCAAGCAUACUCACACUAUCGAAUCGAGAUUAUGAGGAAAAGUGCAAAGCUGCGAUCAUAGCCGGAGAGGAUCCGAAGAAGGUUAUUUUCAGGAUGAGGGAAUCAAAUUGGGACGUCUCACCACCUACAGCAGCUGAGAAGGAAGCUGCCCGACUCGACCAAUGGGCGACAGAUACUCCCAGUCCAUACUCCUCCGAGGACGGCAUAGAUCUUGCUCUGAAAGAUAUGUCGUUUUUGGCAUUUGUAUUUGGGUAUGCAAUUCUGAGCGUCCCCUUGAUUCUGAUGAUCCUUGUUAUAUAUACCGUGAUAUUUUUAGCGCAAGACUGGAUGCCUGUGUUUCUUUCGAGUUCAAACUUUCCCGAGUUGUAA